AUGUCACGGAGUGGACGGCUAAGUGCGGUCCCGACCAAGGUUGCGGCUGUGGCACCGUUUGGAGUGGCGGUGGAGGCUGUCCCCGCUCGCCUGCUGGAGGGCAGGACGGGGGUGGCCAUGGUGGUCCACGAGGCGCUGACGGCUCUUGCCGGCGCAGACAUGUCCAACUCGGACGCCUUUGACUGUGUCGGCUCCCGCCUCACCGCUCUGCGUACAAAGUUGUUUACAGAUCCUCCGCCGCAUGGACUAGUCUCGUUGCGCAUGCUGCCGCACACGGCUGGGCCUGCGCAGCUCAUGGGGGUAGUGCGAGUGUAUAUGGACGAGUUGCCGCUGCCGCUGGUGCCUGCUGAGCACUAUGAGCUGGUGAUGAAGCUGUGCGAAGAGCCUGCGUCGCCGCUGCGGACGGUCAAGCUGCGGACGGUGCUGGCGACGAUCAUGUCGUGGCAGGGCCGGCAGCUUCUCAAGGCGGUGGCCCAGGUGCUAGCACAUGUGUGGCAGCAGUCGCGGGCGGUGACAGCCAAGGCAAUGAUGGACGCGCUCGGCUGGGGCCUCAUCCGGCCGUCGGCAGAGGCGACACGCGACCAGGUCCGGCGGAACAGGCGCGGGCGAAGCUUUGUUCGCACCCUCAUCGACGAGUAUGUCCACGAUCCGACGGUCUUUGCGCCACUCGACGCCGAUCCAGUCUCGCCGUAUGUGGCGCUGGCGGUGGUGAGCGCAGGCAAUGCGCUCGAGCUCGGCACGCCGCUGCUUGUGGUAGGGACACCGGGCCAGCUCGCGGCGCGCGAGAUCGAGGGCGAGGUCCGCGGCGAGGACGCUGCCGGCGACAUUCACAUGGUGGCCAAGUCCGACGUAACGCUUGCGUGGGAGUCGCACCAGCCAAAGGUUGUUGCCGAGGCCGCGGCGCUUGCAGCCGAGGCGAUGCAGCAGCAGCAGCGGGCGCGGGCGGCGUCGCGCUCCAAGCGCGAGUCGAUUUCGCGGCGCAGGUCACAGCGGCGCUCGGUUCGGCUCUCGGGCCUUCCCACCGGGCGGAGCAGCGAGGGUGGCGGCAGGUCGGCCAAGUCGUCGCCGCGGCGGCGGAAGAAGAAGAAGCUCGGCAUAGAGGUGACGGCUGUGCCUAUGGACGACAUGUUUCUGGUAGACAAGAGUGUAAUGGACAAGCUCUCGCUCAAGCUGGAGAACGAGACCAUGCUUCGCGAGGCGCUCGAGGUGCGCGUCAAGGAGCUUGAAGAGCAGGUCGGCAAGUACGCCGACGUCAUCGAGCUGCUCUCGGACCGGCUGACGGUGCUGGAGGACGGCCCGCUUGUGGGCUCGUCGUCGUCGCCGUCGCUCGACGACUCGGGCUCUGUCCUCGACCUUCCUCCGGUCUUUAUCUCGUCGGCCGACAGCGGUGGCGGCGGCUCUGCGCUGCUGGUGUACUACAACGACGCACCGCACACGCUCGCGGUCUCCGAGUCGGACACGGCCGGCGAUGUGGUGGCGCGGUUUGUGGCUCAGCACUCGCUCCCGGGCGAUGCAGCGCAGUACCGGCUGUACCAGCGCGAGGUCGACGGCGAGGUCGAGGCGCAUUUGCGCAACUUUGAGGUCCCGCUCCGGCUAGUGCAAGAGUGGGAGAAUACCGGGCGUGACCGGGUGCUCCAGCUCGCGGCCAUCGACGAGCUUGAACGGUCCGAGUUCAACACCUCGUCGGCGGUGGUCCGACUUGGCGACGAUGGCAAUGCAGUGCUGUCGCCGGCGGUGAAGCGUGGGCGUGCGUCGUCGAUUUCGGCGGGAGCGUCGAAAAACGCCAAGCGGCGGUCGAUUGCGGAGCGCAAGCGCGAGGCCGAGGCGCUGAAGGAGGUGGCGCGGAGUGGACCGCGGCCAGGAGUCAAGGUCUCGAUGGACGACUUUGACCUCAUCAAGGUCCUGGGCAAAGGCACGUUUGGCAAGGUCUUCCUCGUCCGCAAAAAGGGUAGCGAGACGGUGUACGCCAUGAAGUCGAUUUCCAAGGGACUCAUCAUCAAGCAGAAGCAAGUGGCCAACACCAUUGCGGAACGGCAUGUGCUGCAACGGACGGAUCACCCGUUCCUCCUCCACCUGUACUACUCGUUCCAGACCAAGGACAAGCUCUACUUUGUCUUUGACUACGUUUCGGGCGGCGAGGUCUUCUUCCACCUCGACCGCGAAGUCAAGUUUGACGAGGCACGGGUCAAGUUCUACGCGGCGGAGUUGACGCUCGCGCUCGGCUAUCUGCACUCGCUUAACAUUGCGUACCGCGACCUCAAGCCGGAAAACGUGCUCAUCAAGUCGUCUGGCCACAUCUGCCUCGCCGACUUUGGCCUGUGCAAGGAGAACGUGACGUCGGAUGACGAGCUGCUGGAGAUGUGCGGGACGGAAGAGUACGUGGCGCCCGAGAUGAUUUUGCGGGUCGGCUACGGCAUGCGGGCCGACUGGUGGGCGCUCGGCAUCCUGGUCUACGAGAUGCUUGUGGGCGAGCCGCCGUUCCAGCACGAUGACCGGAAGGAAACGUUCCGGCUCAUUCUCCACCACGAGCUGCCCCUGGACCCGACUCUGUUCUCGGAGCAAGCCGCGGCCUUUGUGGGCUCUCUCCUUGAGCGGUCACCCAACUACCGCCUCGGCGGCAAGGGUGGCGACGUUGACGAGGUCACUGCUCACCCGUGGUACGCCGACAUCGACUUUGACGCGCUGCUCCGACUCGAGGUGAGCCCGCCGUGGGUGCCCAACGUUGCCGGCGACGACGACACCUCGAUGUUCGACGAGGAGUUUACUUCGAUGCGGGUCUCGGACUCGCCACCGCUGCAGGCGCAUUUGCUGGCGGGUGUCAUGGAUCCGUUCAUGCGGCGGGCGUCGUUCGACUACUCGGCCGGGCGGACGCCACCGAUUCCGCGCGGGAACUCGCCGCUGGGCAAGUCGUGAGCUUAGAACGCCAUGUAUUCGCCCGACGAAGAAGCCGAAGAGCCGUCAUCCAAGCCCGGCCCGUCGUCAGAGCCAGCCGGCGGGCGCGGGGUGAUGUGCGGCGAGCCGGACGAGUUUGACGAGUGCUGGCCGUCGAGUGCGGCCGGCUCGGCAGGCGCAAGCGCCGGGACCGAGUCGGAGGCGAGUCCGAGCGAGGCGUCGAAGGCAGUCACGUCCGAGACUGCUGCGCCCGGCGACGGAAGGGUUCCGGAGCCGCGGCGACGGGUGAGGGUACCGGCCCGGUCGCGGCGGAGCUGGAGUACCACCUCAUGGUAGUAGAGGCUUGCGUCGGGCGAUGCAGGAGGAGAGCCGGAGAGCAGGUCCGAGACGCAGACGGAGCCAAACUGUGGGUGUCGGAAGGGCCACGGCAGGAGGGCCUUAAAGGCGUCGGUGACAAG